AUGAGCGACUUGGACGAUGACGAGUUCUCGCUAGGUGACGAUUCCUCGGAAGCCGAAGUUUCGUCGGCACUGGAGGAAGAGGAAGAAGAGGGGAGUGAAGGUGGAAGUGAAGCCGAGGAAGACGAAGCGGUUGCAAGUGACGCGUCAAUCUCUGGAAAAAGAGCGGCACAUACAGUCAAGAAAGCCGAGGUGGCUCGCACGAACUCUCGAGGUGCCAAAAGGGCUCAAAACGAUGUAAAAUUAAGCUCAAGAUCGAAAAUGGGGAGAAAAAGUGACCCGAGUGAGAAAAUUGCAGCGACGAAGGGGAAAACUGUAGCUGUUCCUACAAAGUCGCCGAUAUCUUCCAAGCCAAAGGCUUUGACAGCAGCGAAUGCAGAAGCUGCCGUGCUGGAUUAUAUGCGAAAGACCAAUCGACCUUACAGUCUGCUGAAUGUGUUAGAGAAUAUGCAUCGGGUCAUUGCCAAGCCAUCUUUGACGACGCUGCUGGACAAUCUCGUGGCCAAGAAAGAGCUCGUGAGCAAGACGUAUGGCAAGGCAAAGAUCUACUUUGUGAACCAAGAGAACUUACCGGUACCAUCCGAGCAAGAGCGAGUGGCGUUGGAGGAGCAGAUCAAGGCUGUUACAGCCGAAUGUACUGCAUUAGAACAGCAGUUGAAGAAGGCGGAGACGACGCUGGCAGGUCUUGCCUCGCAGAUCUCGGACACGGAUUUGGAUACGAUGCUGACGCAACUUGACGAGGAAGCAGCAGCUUUGGAGAAGAAGAUAAAGACGUUGGAUCAACAAGACCGAGCUCCUUUGUCUCCUGGGCGAAAGGAGACCCUAAAGCGCAAGUUCGCGACAUACCGCACUGCAUGGGUGGCGCGUAAACGCAUUGCAAUGGAUGGGAUCAACCAGAUCGCAGACGGAAUGGAGAAAAAGCCAAAGGUUGUGCUGGAUCUGGUUGGAUUGGAGACUGACGAGGAGGCAGGCAUCAAGGAGCUGCCACGUAUCUAA